UCAUUAUCGAAACACUCAUGGUUACCUUGCAAGAGAGCUGGUCGUAAAGAGAGGGCCGGUACACAUGAGGGGGGUGGGGGUAGGGAGUGGCAGAUGAACACACUGAACAGGAUCGCAGUUAAAGUGAGUGAAAAAGAGUGAGAUACAGUGUCUAAACCAGCAGAGAAAGGGUGAUCUCUCUACCUUCUCCUUCACUGAAGAUAGAGAGACAGGGAACAUACAGAAGCAGGCUGAUCAACCAGUGACGUGCUGCUGUCAGUAUCUCUGGCCUGGACCUCUUUAAUUCACCAACGGAGGGAAUUAUGUCCAGUUUCAUGUACUAUCUCCUCCCUGCAGUAGGGGGCUACACACUCGCAUCCCUCUACCUGCUGAAGAACCCCCACAUUCUACACAAGAAGAAGCAGCCUGCCUUCUAUUGCACCCACAUCUCACACAGAGGAGGCUCUGGUGAGAGAAUUGAAAGUACUAUGGAGGCAUUUACACAUGCAGUGGAGGUGGGCACAGAGAUGCUCGAAUUGGACUGUCACAUGACUCAAGAUGGUCACUUGAUUGUAUCUCAUGAUGACAACCUUCUGCGGCAGACGGGGCAUGAUGUCAGCAUCUCCUCUAUUAAUUUUGAGGAGCUACCACUGUAUAAAGAAAGACUUGAGGUCACCUUCUAUGCAGGUCGCUACAGCACAGGUUCAGACAGAAAAUUUGCCCUGUUGGAGGAUGUCUUUCGCACAUUCCCCAAAAUUCCUGUGAACAUUGAAGUGAAGGAGAAGAACAGAGAGCUGAUUGAAAAGGUUUCUGCUCUGGUGAAGAAGUAUGACCGGGAGGACAUCACAGUCUGGGCGUCAGUGAAAUCUGACAUCAUGAAGGAGUGCCGCAAAGUGAACUCCUCCAUGCCGUACAUGUUCACAGAAACGCGCGGGCUGCAGCUGCUGCUGCUCUAUUACACAGGCCUUCUGCCUUUCGUCCCGCUGGGAGAGAGCUUCCUGCAGUACUACCUGCCUCAGGUCAUCAACAGGACAUACAUACCUGAUUCUGCUAUUCUGAGGAACAGAAUGGUCAUCUCGUUAAUUGAAAAACUGACUUUGAGGAAAGGCUUGUUUCAGCAUCUUAAAGACAGAGGAAUUCAGAUUCAUCUGUUUGUGUGUAAUGAAGAACAGGACAUUGAGGCUGCGUUUGAAGCAGGAGCAACAGGAGUCAUGACUGACUACCCCUAUCUGUUAUCGAACUACCUUAGAACGCAUAAGCAGAGACGUGAAUAACAUGAUGUACCACAUGCUUACAUAAAUGCACAUUGUAUGUGACCAGUGACCAUUCCAUUUAGUACAUACUCUUUACAUAUACACAUACUGUAAAAUGAAUAAAUUACAUAACCUUUCUGUACCCAUGGAUUUGAUCAGGAGUUCUUAACCUGGGGGUCAGGAAGGUGGGGGUGGGAUGGCAAAGAGGUGGUUGUGAAAUAUUUUAACCCAAAAAAAGGGUUGGACUGCAAAAAAGGUUAAAAACCUCUGGAUUAGACCACACUGGACUCUUCAACUUCAGGUCUUUGGAAUUAAAGGAAUAUCAGUUCCAUUUUUGAUGUAGGCCUCAAAGUUCUGGAGAUCCUGUCAAAUGAUUUUUAAAACGUACUAUUAACUAUGAUUAUAAUGAUUUUACUUGAUUUGUUUUCUGCCAGAUUGCUUGAUUUGGUUCAUUCUUGAUUUUUUGCAUUACUGAAGGAUGCACAUUAUUAAAGGGCCCAUAUUGGUGAAAA